GCCUAAACAAGAACUACAAUUAUAAUGUAAUAGCAAUUGUGACUUAGUAAUAAUCACGAAAAAGAGUUUGUCACGGAAUAAUAAUUGUGUUUAACAGGGUAUUUUGUAUCAGAAAAUGCAAUAACAGUGAGUUAUGAAAUUUUAAUUUGGUGUCGUUGACAAGCAUUAGUUCUCGAUUAGGUGUAAUAAAGGUAGUGUUUAUUCGUUUGACUAUCGUAAGCAAAACAUCACGCUUAGGUACUGAUGUUGUAACAGCUUAUUGUACAGUGGAAUACCGGCUUAAUACGGACACAGAUUAAUACGGACAACGGACACUGGUCACUCCAAACUCUCUAUUUUCAUCGUCACAACUGUAAACAUUGCACGCUGUUCAAAUAAUGACAGAUUUCUACGGGUGAAUACAAUUUCAUCACUACAAAACUGUAGCAAAAUAGCGAGACAUGUUUGAUUUUGAUCAGUCCGUCUUUUUUCCGGUGUUUAACCCUUAACUGUAGUUUUCCGCCUCCUAUUAUUCCUCCUCCUUUUUGAGGCGUCUUUAUAUCGAUACUGACAUGUGUCCGUUACGUGUUUCUGAGAGCCCGCUUAUACGGACACCCGGUAUGUUGGCGUAAUGGCAUUUCCCCUUGGUGUCCGUAUUAACCGGGUUGCAAUGUAUUUCUUUAUUAUUAUUAAUAUUAUUAUUAUUAUUAUUAUUUCUUAUUUCUUAUUUCUUAUUUAUUAUUAUCAAUAACAAUUACUGAAAAAUGAUCACUUUUAAAAUGUCUGUCCGGGGGAGCAUAGGACGUCCACUAAUACCCUCCAACGUACACGCUUCAUUGUUUAAAUGUUUUGGCUCUCUCCCAGGAGUAGCGUAGCCCACUCUUUCCAACUUCUGCGGCAUGGACCGCUUCCAGUUGUUCGUUGGCCGUCCAACUUUCCAGGUAUAAAUGUGGAACAUCACAAGUGUAAAUACAGGGGUUUAUACGGAAGGGCAGUAGAUAAAGUUUCGGAAGGACGGAUUCAGAAUUUUUUGCAGUUACCUAUUGCAACACACUGAGCAUAACAGCAGUUAGGAAAUGUGAAAACACUCGCUUAAUUACAGCUCUAUAUUUUUUGCGUGUUGUCAAAUAUCCCUCACGCUUAAUAAGCAUAAUAUCAUGCGUACGGGAUUCACGCAUUUCCCAUACGUAGCAUUUCGCAACCGUUAUUUGGGUCGUCUCGGAACGCUUCUCCUGUCAGCUAAAAUAUCAAGUCAUUUGAAAAUUGAGAAAAGUAGGAAAGCCUUCUCAAGCCUUCUUUUAGGGCUCAUGCUUUCUACAUUUCGUCUGGGCUAUCGAUUCACGAUGACCUUGCUGAAUAAUAUUUUCCCACAAAAGACGACUGGGUAUUGGUCACAUGACGAUGAUGAAGCGAUAUGUACAAGUAAUUGGCCAAAUCAUAAGACAAUUUGAAAUCAGACGAGCUGAUAAUCAGCAAAGCAUCAAGUUAGCCACCACUGGUAGUCAUAAUUGUUUCUAUUGUGUACAGAUGUUAAAGUGCAGUGGCAAUUAUCAUAAAAUAUACAAUGCUUCUUCGAAAGAAUAAAGCCAAUAUUUAAGUUAGAGUCGAAUUUCGGUAACAUAAUUUGCUUAUCUGAAUUAUUGCUGUGUGUAGCUAUGUAUGGGUUGUACAACUGAAAAAAAAAGAAACAAUUACGAAACAAAUUUUAAAAUGUAUGUCAUUAAGUUUUUAACGUCAUUCAGCUGAGCUGACAGAUUGGACGCCAGUACAAUGGCCUUCCAUUCAUUGUUUUCACUGCGCUACGUUAUUAUCAACCAAGAGAUGAUCAUCGUCUGUUGUAUCAACAAAAUGUUUAGACAAGAGCACAGUAAGUAAAAAAACAGCUGCUUUUGUUUGUUCACUAGUGUGAUCGAACAAUAAUUGCACGUGCUGAAAUAUCCGGUACACAACGGCAUUAAUUUUGCAUGUCAAUAAGCCCAAGCUGCUUUUGACAAAAGCGGUCGCGACAAAUUUAACCAUUUGGCAUCAGCUAAACAAAACGGAAGACCGAUAUUGGACCGCGAAGUGUCCCCGCGACCUUGUUCACGCAAACAAACUUAAAGAGACAGCCUACAGCUGAAACAUCGAUAUUCAAGUUUGCGAUUGCACGGUGAAGAAUUCCUAUUUCUCAAGAUGGUGAACAACACCUCUCACAAACAAGAGCCCCUGUACACUGAGAUCGCCAAGUUGGUGCCGUUAUCAUUUGCCAUCGUAAUAACAAACUUAUUGGUGGUUUUACUUUUCUUCAAAAGACGGCAACUACGAACUUUACCAAAUUACCCACUUCUGAGUUUGGCCGUGUGCGACUUCAUAACUGGAUUUGUGAACAUUCCAAUGCUUAUCAUAAGCAUGCACAUGUUAACGCGGGAGAUCAUUCCCAAACAAACAAAAAUCUCUCUGAAUUACUUGGUGUUAGUGUUACAUGCUUUGACUUCGACAUCGACAGUAUAUCACAUCCUGAUCGUUAUAGCCGAAAAGUACUUUGCAGUCGUCUGGCCUUUGAGACAUCGCUCGCUGACAAAGAAAACUAUGUUAACAGUGUUGGCGGCUGUCUGGCUGCUGUCAUUAGUGAUUGCCUUCAUCCCAUUUUCUUGGAUAAAUUUUAGCCACAAACCCAUUGUAAGAAAGUUCUUUGUAGGUUACGGGAUUGUAUGCCUUGUCUUAGUAUUUUUCGUGUCGUACAUGUUUAUAGUGUACGCCUUGGUAGUGAUGUUCAGAACAAUAUCCGGGAAGACUAAACAGAGAACACUGAUAAGACGGAACAGUCGUAGUGGUCAGCUGACAAACAAUAGACGUCGUGUUUGCAUCAUCUUUGCUGUUAUGGCCACUGUCUUCGCAGUAUGUUGGCUUCCAUGGUUCAUGCUCUCACUUCUUGUCAAUCUACAAGUACAGGUGGAAAACCUUGAGAGCUUUAUGGAAUGGUUCGUACCAUUUAGAUACCUCACCUCUAUCAUCAACCCGCUGCUUUACACAUUUUUCAAGCCAGACUUUCGUUUGGCGUUAAAAGAACUGCUAUGGAAUAAAAUUGUCCUCAAAUAUUCGUGUCUGAGACCGUCUCGGUUUCGAUUGACAGUCAGAUCAAGCAGAAACCAUGUAGAUGUCCCUAUGAUGAAGCGAGAGACUGGAAUAGCGGAAAGUAGCUUUGUUUCCUCCGUGUAAACGGUGUCUGAUAAAAGGGAAAACAGAUCAACAUUCUUCUCUGUGAAGUACAAUCUUUAUCUCUUCCAAAAGCCGGACAGCAAAUCAUUGCGGAUAAGAUGUACUGAUAUGUAGCUAACGCACUUUUACGUUUCAUAAAAGUCGCUUGCGAUAGCAGCAAAUUGAAAGGUCAGUUUUCGAACAAUGUUGAAUUUACACCAAUAUAAUACAAAACAGCAAGGUUACACCAA